GCAAAAGAACUAAGAUGGCGGCCAAUGCUACUAUAACUAAGCCAACAGCAACAACGAAAAAUUUACUAUCCGAGUACUUUUUAUCUCUUCAACCAAAGGCAAAGUCAAGAUACCAAGAGAAGCUUUCCUUAUGUGAUGGACUGGAUCCAUAUUCUCUAAAAAAGAGGGACUUUUUAACCGAUCAUAACAAUUUCCCUAACUUGCAGUUUCCUGACAUUUCAAAUUAUUUGGUCGUUCAAACUUCAUUUUAUACGAAGAAACAAAUGAAAGCAUAUAAAAGUCUUGAAGCUUACAACAUUUUUGUUUGUGGUUGGCUCCAUGAAGUAAAAUCAAGACGUGUAAUGGACAACAACAAUUGCCUUGUUUUUGCGAGAAUCAACCACUCACAAAGAUCAACAGCAACUCCUUUAAAAGCUUGGGUCAUUCUCAAAGAUGACGACGAAGUUCUCACUGCUCACUGUAAUUGCAUGGCUGGGCUGGCAGAAUCGUGUUCUCACGUAGGUGCCCUGUUGUAUUUCAUCGAAUCAGCAGUACGUAUGCGGGAGUCUGUAGUCUGUACAAUGGAGAAAAGUAAAUGGCUGUUGCCAGCACAUAUAGAAAAGAUAAAUGCUGCCUCAGUUUCCAACAUAGACUUCUCUUCUGCCAGGGCUAAAAAACAAAGACUUGAUAGUGCUAUGAAAGGUGAAGCAGUUGAAGCAGAGAGAAAAUCAAAAGCAUCAUGUCCAAAAGUUGUUGUUGGAUCUGAGGAAUAUAAUAAUUUUUUAAAGGCAUUGAAUGAGAACUACCCAAUGAGUGCUGUUUUAAUGACACAAAAAUUGUAUCAUGAGAAAUUCAUUCCUAAAUCAUCUAUAGAAAUUCUCCCAAAGCCAUUAAUAAACUACAGAUCAGAUGCAUCACUAGAGCUUUCUUAUGACGAGUUAAUGGAUCGAUGUAGAAAACUAGUGCUGCAAAUAAGCAAAGACCAAAUAAGAGCUGUUGAAGUUCAAACUCGAAAACAGGCUGGUUCCAGGACAUGGUUUACUCAGAGGGCAUGCCGCAUAACUGCAUCAAGAUUGAAAGCUGUGCUUAGUACCAAGCCUGAAAAUCCCUCAAGAAGUUUGAUUAAAUGCAUAUGCUACCCCGAGGCCCACAGAUUUUCUACUGCUGCAACAAGGCAUGGUUGCAAACACGAAAUACAGGCGAGGAAAGAAUAUGAGAAAGUCAUGAGAAAAAGUCAUUACAACUUUUCACUGUGUGACAGUGGUCUGAGAAUGAAUCCUAAAUGGCCAUUCAUGGGAGCAUCACCUGAUGGUGUGGUGAAUUGUAACUGCUGUGGCAUGGGAGCAUGUGAGAUAAAGUGUCCUUACUGUAAAAAGGAUGGAGAAAAUAUAGAAGAAUGUGCCGGUGAAAAAGGCUUUUGUCUGGUAAAGAAUGAAGGUGAGGGUAUACAACUCAGCAGGAAACACAGCUACUACUUUCAAGUCCAAGCACAAGUAAAUAUCAUGGAACUUGAUUACUGUGAUUUUAUUGUUUGGAAUGUAGUGAUAUUUUCAUUGAAAGAAUUGUUCCAGACAAAGAAUUGUGGGAUACUAUUGUGGUUAAGGCAGAAUAUUUUUUUAAGAAUUGCAUACUACCCGAAGUCCUUGGGCAGCAUCUUUCAAAGCCUCUACUCACUUCCCACCCUUCCAAUUUAAUAUGAUAUAUAUAAACUUAAAGAUGGCAUUAUAUUCAUAAAGUCAUUAGGUCUGUUUGGCACUCUACAUGUUGAACCUGUCUUUCAGUCUGGCAUUCAGCAUGGGUUGAUAAAUGACUCUAUUGAAGCAAAACCAUGAAUAAGUACAAAGUUUUUCGAAAAGCAAAUAUAAAAAUACUUUUA